UCUCUUCUGCCUUGCGAAGAGGGGUUCAAUUCAAUUCCAUUCAAUGGCUCUUAGAAAAGUUCAUAGCUUUUCUCCUCUCCCUUCAACAAUUUCCUACGUCCGCUUUCUCUGUUCUCUUCUUCCCCAAAUCGAAGCCUCAAAAGAUGCGGAUUUGGUUUCUCAAAUCCUCAUCCACCAUCACAACCCCUUCCACUCCAUGGAAUCCUCCCUCCAACUCCAUUCCAUCUCUUUCUCCUCUCACCUCCUCGAUCAAACCCUCCUCCGCCUCACCCACCACUCCAAAAUCGCCCUCUCCCUCUUCCACUACGCCAAAUCCCUCCCCUUCAACCCCAUCUCCACUUCCUCCUACAACAUUCUCAUCGAUAUCUUCGCCAAGGUUCGCCAAUUCGACGCCGCCUGGCAUUUGAUUCUUCAAAUGGACCACAAGGGCACUGACACUUUCCUAUUGCUGAUUCGCCGCUUGGUUUCCGCAGGUCUAACUCGCCAGGCUGUUCGAGCGUUUGAUGACAUCGAGGGGCUUACUGGAAAUAAGGUACGAAUCGAUGAAUUUUGCUAUUUGCUGGACACCCUUUGUAGAUAUGGGUAUGUGAAAGUUGCGGUGGAGAUUUUUAACAAGAGGAAGGGGGAGUUUGGUGUUGAUGCGAAGAUUUAUACGAUUUUGAUAUAUGGGUGGUGUAAGAUUGGCCGAUUUGAGAUGGGGGAGAGGUUUUUGAAGGAUAUGGUGGGGCGUGGGAUUGAGCCGAAUGUGGUUACUUAUAAUGUUUUGUUGAAUGGGGUUUGCAGGAGAGCGAGUUUGCAUCCGGAGGGGAGGUUUGAGAAGACGAUUAGGAAUGCAGAGAAGGUGUUCGAUGAAAUGCGGCAGAGAGGGAUUGAGCCUGAUGUAACGAGUUUCUCUAUUGUCCUUCAUGUUUUUAGCCGUGCCCACAAGCCGGAGUUGUCUCUUGAUAAGUUGAAGCAGAUGAAAGAGAUCGGGAUCUCUCCCACGGUCGCAACAUAUACUUCGGUUAUCAAAUGCCUCUGCUCUUGUGGGAGGCUUGAGGAUGCUGAAAACUUGGUUGAAGAAAUGGUGAGAAGUGGAAUUUCUCCAUCUCCUGCAACUUAUAACUGUUUCUUCAAAGAGUAUAGAGGUAGAAAGGAUGGGGCUGGUGCUUUGAGGUUGUACAAGAAAAUGAGAGAUGAUUGUUUAUGUGCUCCUAGUUUGCAUACCUAUAACAUAUUACUGGCCUUGUUUCUGAAUCUGGACAAGAAGGAGACUCUGAAAGAGGUGUGGAAUGAUAUGAAAGAGAGCGGUAGAGGGCCAGAUUUGGAUUCAUAUACGACGAUGAUCCAUGGGUUGUGUGAGAAGCAGAGAUGGAGAGAGGCUUGUCAAUUUUUUGUUGAAAUGAUUGAAAGGGGGUUUCUUCCACAGAAGGUUACCUUUGAGAUGCUUUACAGAGGGUUGAUACAAUCUGAUAUGUUGAGAACUUGGAGGAGAUUGAAGAAGAAACUGGAAGAAGAGUCUAUAACAUAUGGUUCUGAGUUCAAAAAUUAUCACAUUAAGCCUUAUGUAAGAUGAUGAUGAUGAUAUGCAAGUAAGGUGUAAGAUCUCAAGUUUGUUGGUAAUUUAAGUUCAGUAUUUUGUAAAAUUUGAUAAUACUUUGAAUUUUGGAAGUUAAUUGAAUUACAGUAAGGGGAUAAUUCAAUUUUACUAUUUGUUCA